AUGGAUAAUAGUAGAGCUAACAGAGAAAAGUUAAGUGAAGCUAAUGCAAAUUAUAUUAAAUAUCUGAAAUUAGAAUAUGCUAUUCUCCAACAGAAAUCUCAGUUACAUUGGUUGAAAGAGGGAGAUGCAAAUUCUAAAUAUUUUCAUGCUGUGAUUAGAGGUAAAAGAAACAAGAUGGUUAUUCAUAAAAUAAUGAAUGACAGAGGUGUAUGGAUUCAGGGUGAGGAUAAUGUUGCUAAGGAGGCCUGUGAAUAUUAUCACAAUAUUUUUACUGGAAAAUCAAACAAAGUUAAUGAGGAGUUGUUACAGUGUAUUCCUGAGCUGAUAACAGUAGAACAAAAUUUUUAUUUGGACAAAAUGCCUACUGCUGAGGAAUUGAAAAGUAUUAUUAUGAGUAUGAACCCCAACUCUGCACCAGGUCCUGAUGGGAUUGGAGUAUUGCUUCCUAAAGUUGAUCAUCCCAAUAAGUUGAAAGAUUAUAGGCCUGUUAGCCUUAGUAAUUUUACCAAUAAGAUUAUCUCCAAAGUGCUGAGUACUAGAUUGGCUUAUAUUCUUCCCAAGAUUGUAUCAGAUAACCAAUCUGGUUUUGUUAAAGGAAGGAGUAUCUCUGAGGAUAUUAUGUUAGCACAAGAAAUUAUCCAUGGAAUUAAAUUACCUAAAGAAGCUCUUUUUAUUAUUGGAGCUGAAGUUCUGUCAAGGAACUUAAAUCUUCUUUAUAAUAAUAAGCUGUAUAAACGUUUCAACAUGGAGAAUAAGGGGCCUCAUAUUAAUCAUUUGAGUUUUGCAUAUGAUAUUAUUAUUUUCACUUCCACUGAUAGACAAUCUCUACAUCUCAUUAUAAAAAUUAUUAAGGAGUAUGAGCAAGUGUCUGAUCAAAAGGUGAACAAAGAGAAAAGUUAUUUCAUGGUCACUUCAAAGACUAACCAUGAUAUUAUUGAGAACAUUAAGCUGGUAACAGGUUUUGGUAUGAAGGAGAGUCCUAUUAAGUAUUUAGGAUGCCCUUUAUACAUUGGUGGACAAAGAAUUAUUUAUUUUUCAGAAAUGGUGGAAAAGGUAAUAAAUAGGAUUUCAGGCUGGCAAGCAAGAAUUAUAAACUUUGGAGGUAAAACAAUUCUUGUGAAACAUGUCCUGCAAUCCAUUCCUAUACAUACACUGGCUGCUAUGUCUCCUCCAAAAACCACUCUUAACUAUAUUAAGAAACCAAUUGCAGACUUCUUUUGGGGGUUGGAUAAAGAUGGCAAAAAGUAUCAUUGGGCUUCUUGGAACACUUUGGCUUAUCCUACUAAUGAAGGGGGUAUUGGGGUAAGAUUACUAGAUGAUGUUAGUAAAGCCUUUCAGUACAAACAUUGGUGGGAUUUUAGAACAAAGAAAUCUUUGUGGAGUCAGUUUUUGAAGGCUAAGUAUUGUCAAAGAGCCAAUACAGUUGCUAAGAAAUAUGACACAGGUGAUUCUUUGGUCUGGAGAUAUUUAACAAGGAAUAGGUCAGAAGUGGAACCUUAUAUCAAAUGGAAUAUCAAUUCAGGAACUUCAAGCUUUUGGUGGGAUAAUUGGUUAGGCAAUGGUGCUAUAGCUAAUUAUAGUGACAAUAUUUCAAGCUUGAAUAACAGUGUAGUGGCUGAGUUUUUCACAAAUGGAAAAUGGAAUGAAAGGUACAUUCAACAACAAGUGCAACCAUUGUUGAUUCCUCAUAUUCUACAAACACAAAUAAAGUAUCAAGAAGGAGUGGAAGAUACUGCUAUAUGGAUGCCAGAGGAAAAUGGAAAUUUUUCUAUCUCUUCAGCAUGGAAGAUUAUUAGAAAGAAGAAAUCUAUUGAUCCUAUUAACAAUAUUAUUUUGCAUAAACACAUUCCAUUUAAGGUUGCCUUCUUUAUUUGGAGAGCAUUACUGUGUAAACUUCCAACCAAUGAAAGUUUACAAAAAUUUGGAAGACCUGCAGAAGACUGUUAUUGUUGUUAUAAACAAGGAAAAGAUGAUAUUAACCAUAUAUUACUUACUGGGAAUUUUUCCAACUUUAUUUGGAAAUAUCAUGCUACCAAACUGGGAGUAACAAAACUUUAUACAACUAUCAGAAGCCAACUCAUGCAUUGGAGGAAUCAGCCUACAAUUAAUGAGGUACACAAAUUACUUAUGCAUAUUGUUCCUAACUUUAUUUGUUGGAAUCUUUGGAAAAACAGGUGUGGUGUGAAAUAUGGUGAUAAGAAAUCCAGUAUAAAAAGAGUGCAGUAUGGUAUAUUUAAGGAUAUAAUGCAGAUCACUAGAUUAGUGUUUCCUAAUAUUCCAUGGCAGUCUAGCUUGGAUCAUUUGAUUAAAGUUGCUGAGCAAUGUCAUCAACAGUAUAGAAUUAUUAUAGUUUGCUGGAAGAAAUCUAAGGAAGGCUUUUACAAAUUGAACACUGAUGGCAGUGUUAUACAAGAAACAGGUAAAAUUGGUGGUGGUGGAAUCCUUAGGGAUCACCAAGGUAAGAUUAUUUAUGCAUUUUCAAUUCCUUUUGGUUUUGGUACUAAUAAUAUGGUAGAGCUAAAAGCAGCAUUAUAUGGACUCGAGUGGUGUCAACAAAAUGGAUACAAAAAGCUGGAAUUGGAGGUGAAUUCUCAAUUGAUAUGCAAAUGGAUCAACAACACUAAGAAUCCGUCUUCAGGGGUUGGAAAUCCUACUAUUCAGCCUACAAGUAUAGCAGGGACGGAUGGAUCAUCGUCCUCCUCUUCGCACUUGAGGGAAGAGGCAAUCCAAGUCACGACGGUGGAGGAGGACAUGGAUGAAGUUCGUCGUCAUGAAGAAAGGAAUCGAAAUACUAGUGGGAAGGUGGAUGAAUUACGAAGGGGGGAGGAACAGACGGAACUCGACAUAGUCGAGUUGCAGGGUGGAGAGGAGGCGAAAUUGUGUUCUCGACAAGAUCGAUCGGAUGAAAAUCGACAAGAAUCAGUUACAGUGGAAGUGUCUCCAAUUACGCAACAAAUUGGAGAUGGAAUGGGAGUUCGCAACAUUGAAUCGCGACAGGAAAAAGAAUUAGUGGAAUCGCAGCAAGUUCUUUAA